CUGACAAGUGUGGGCCUCGUACUGCCUUGUUCCCUAGUGUCUUUCCCUGUGCCUCUUCCAGUGUGGACUCCCUCCACUGGAGUUUCUCACUCCGAGGAGAGUGCUUCCCCCAGAGGUUUAUUUCAGCCAGAAUUCAGUGUCAAAGUGGCUGUGGAAUUGUAAGACUUUGAAUGUGCUUUUAAUUACUCGUGAUGUUGAAAAUUUACUGGGGGAAAGGGAAACAGCAUUUUGUGUAAAAUCCCCUGGGGAGGAAGUCAUGAGGCUGCUUUAUUUUGAUCUCUCUGUCAUGGACCCCUAGCCUCCAUAGUCCUCAUUUCUUGUUUGGGAGACCCUGAGUUGACCAGUCUGGACUUCUCCACUGACCUCUGCCCAUAUUUUUCUGUAUUAACCGUCAAUCAGUUACCCUUACACUCUGUUUCAGGACUUUGAACUUGCUUUUAUCUGUCAACCUUUGAGAUGACGCACCCAUUGUUCUUUAUAUCCUGGUUUUGGGGGGGACUGUUGGCUCCUUUAACUUGUCUAAUAAUGGGGAGCAAGACGGUGGGAGUGUUCAGUGAUUGUUAAGUCCAAGAAAUGGUGAUCUAGGGUUUCUGGACAAUAUACCCUCCCGGUAAUGUCAAUGCCCCAUGUCCUGCUGGGAAGACAAUUCAUUCCAGGCUUGUUCUUUCUUAACCUGUACCCCCUCUGCUCAUAGCCUUUCAGUCUGGCUCCUUUCCUCCACACAAACACUCUGAACUCUGACCCUUUAGCUGCCAGGCGUGUUCUCCCAGCCAGGACAUUUAUCUCUUCAGUCUGACCAUGACUGGAUUCUCAGGUCUAGUUCGGAAUUGUUUCUGUCCAGGAUCUGAGCUGCUAGGGGAUAGGACUAAACUCUGCAAGACCGGAGUUGGUGAGCAUAGGCAUUCCAGAGACAGGUCUGCAGUUCUGCAGUGAGAAAUUCUGCAUGCUGCACCCCCACCAUCGAGAUGUGCAGAGAACCUUCAGAGACACUCAGAGAAUGUCCUGUCCUGAAUGAGGCAUCCUGGCACCCGUGCUUCCUGCUUAUCAGCAGGAUGUUGGUCUUCAAAGAGAGGGGUUCCUGGAGAUUUGAUGGCCCAGAGUUACCUUCGCUCUUAACUCAGAGGUGGUGCAUCCUAAGAUUAGAUCAUCUGCCUCUGUGGAUGUCUGUUGCCCUGAGUCCCUCCCUUUCUGUGCAAUCCGGCCCUGCCCAACUAGUUUUGGCCUGCUGCUCAGCCAGGACGGAAGUGGCUGAGCCUCGGAGGGCUUGAUUGGUUCAGUCCAGCCCAACCCAGCCUCCCACACAGCUCUCUGCAGUUAAGAAGCAGCAGAUAAAUGCGUUUUUGCAGGAGUGGGGAGAAGGUCUUAGAGGAAAGGCUGCUCCUGAGAUAAGCAGGAUGCCGUGGCUAACUGUGUCUGGGCUGGACCUAGGCUCUGUGGUGACCUCGACAUGGCAUCUUCUGCUGCUUGGAGCCGCUUCUUGGAUUUUGGCCAGAAUUCUUGCCUGGACUUACUCGUUCUGUGAGAACUGCUCCCGCCUCAGAUGUUUCCCUCAGUCCCCUAAAAGAAACUGGUUUUUGGGCCACUUGGGCGUGAUCCAGAGCAAUGAGGAAGGCAUGCAGCUGGUGACUGAAAUGGGCCAGACUUUCCGAGAUGUCCAUCUCAUUUGGCUAGGACCCGUCAGCCCUGUGCUGAGGCUUGUUGACCCUGCAUUUGUUGCCCCUCUGCUCCAGGCCCCAGCUUUGGUGGCCCCGAAGGACCCGACUUUCUUACACUUCCUGAAGCCCUGGCUUGGGGAUGGGCUAUUUCUGAGUUCUGGUGACAAGUGGAGCCGCCAUCGCCGUCUGCUGACACCUGCCUUCCAUUUUGACAUCCUGAAGCCCUAUGUGAAGACUUUUAACCAGAGUGUGAACAUCAUGCACGCCAAGUGGAAGCAUCUAUGCCUGGAAGGCAGUGCCCGUCUGGAAAUGUUUGAGAACAUCAGCCUCAUGACCCUGGACAGUCUGCAGAAAUGCCUCUUUGGCUUUGACAGCAACUGUCAGGAGUCUCCCAGUGAAUACAUUUCUGCCACCUUGGAACUGAGUUCCCUCACCAGAAAAAGGUCAUAUAAGCUCUUCCUGUACCUGGACUUCCUGUAUUACCGCACUGCUGAUGGACAGCGCUUCCGCAAGGCCUGUGACCUGGUGCACAGCUUCACGGAUGCUGUCAUCAGGGAGAGACGUCGACUUCUCUCCAGCCAAGGCGUUGAUGAGUUCUUGGAGUCCAAGACUAAGUCUAAGUCUAAGACUUUGGACUUUAUCGAUGUACUCUUGUUGGCUAAGGAUGAACAUGGAAAGGAGCUGUCAGAUGAGGACAUCCGGGCAGAGGCUGACACCUUCAUGUUUGGAGGCCAUGACACCACGGCCAGCGCACUGUCCUGGAUCCUGUACAACCUGGCAAGCCACCCAGAAUACCAGGAGCGCUGCCGUCAGGAGGUGUGGGAGUUGCUGAGGGACCGAGAGCCUGAGGAGAUUGAAUGGGACGACCUAGCCCAGCUGCCCUUCCUGACCAUGUGCAUCAAGGAGAGUCUGCGACUGCACCCUCCAGCUGUAGACCUCCUGCGCCGCUGCACCCAGGACAUUGUGCUACCUGAUGGCCGGGUCAUCCCUAAAGGGAACAUCUGUGUCAUCAGCAUCUUUGGUAUUCAUCACAAUCCUUCAGUGUGGCCAGACCCUGAGGUCUAUGACCCCUUCCGCUUUGACCCAGAAAAUCGUCAGAAGAGGUCACCUCUGUCUUUUAUUCCCUUCUCCGCAGGGCCCAGGAACUGCAUAGGACAGACUUUCGCUAUGAACGAGGUGAAGGUGGCAGUGGGGCUGACGCUGCUCCGCUUCCGCUUCCUGCCAGAUGACAAGGAGCCGCGCAGGAAGCCGGAACUGAUCUUGCGCGCUGAGGGCGGGCUAUGGCUGCGGGUGGAGCUGCUGAGCAGAGACACUCAGUAACCCUGUGUAAUAUCUAGUCACUCUCCUCUGCACAAUUCAGAAAAAGCGGAGCCUCACCGAGAGCCAGCAAGGGGCGCGGAAGGACAACAGACUCUGGGAGCCUGUGUAGGGCUGCUGUCUUGAGUCCAAGAGCCUUUCUAGGUGACCCACAGGGCCCGCAGACUGAUGAGUGUUGCACCCAAGCUGAAGGAAGGCCUUUAUUCUUUUGGCCAUAGGGAGUCACCAUAGAUGUUUAGGUUUUUUGGCAGAUUUGAGGCAGUUUUCUUCUUUUCUUGUUUUUGAGAUAGGGUCUCAAAUUUUAGUGGAUACAGCAGGCUGGCCUUUAACUUGCAGCAAAUCUCUGGCCUGACCACCUGAGUGGCAAUUAGAAAGUGCGCCACUGUGCCUGUCAUAUCUGAAGACAUUUUUUUAUUAGAAAUGAUGGGAAGUUUCCCAGGAGAUAAGUCUGAGAGCUCUUCAAAAUGAUGUUAAAUGAUGUCCAAGGCUUGUGAUGUCUAAGACCAUUGAGGCAGCUUAAAUUUAAAAUGACAUCACACUGCAGGCUCCCUGUGUGGUGAUGUCCUUUCAGGUUCCCACUUGUUCUUCCUUGGGCUGGGGAGGUGGCUUAGUGGGGAGACAGGAGGAUCCCAGGGCCUCAGUGGCCAGCCAGUCCUGCUGAAUCAGAGCUCCAGGUUGUAAGAGACACUGUCUCAGGAAAUAAGGUGGACAGUGAUGACUGAAGACACCUAAAUAAACCUCUGGCCUCCUCAUGAGCAUCACUGAUCACUGUAUGUGAAACACACACACACACGCGCGUGCGCGGGCGCGCGCGCGCACACACACACACACACACACACACACACACACACACACACACACACACACAAUUCUUGUGUCUCUUCUAGGAUUUGAUUUUCCUCCUCCAACCAGGAAGGACUUAAAACAGUUUCAUGAGUUGAAGACUGAUCUUGGCUAUGUUGAAAAUUUGAGGCCAGCAUUGCGAGACCUUGUCUCAAAACUUAAAAACCAGAGUUUACAUAUCUUUGGCUUGAGAAAUGACUUUAGAUGUGCUGGAGAGAUGGCUUAGAGGUUAAGAGCACUGCCUGCUCUUCCAGAGGUCCCGAGUUCAAUUCCCAGCAACCACAUGGUGGCACCAAGUAAUGGGACCUGAUGCCUUCUUCUGGUGUGUUUGAAGACAGCUACAGUGUACUCAUAUACAUAAAAAAAAAAUCUAAAAAAGAAAAAAAGAGAAAUGAUUGAAGAGCAAACGUGUUUGAUUUUUAAAAAAUUCUCUUGUGUUCUGUUCUUUUUUAUGGUUGCCAAUGUUCUGUUUUUCUUUUCCUUUUUAUUUGUUAAUUGAUUUAUUUUUUCCAUUUUUGAAACAUUGGGUAUUUCUUAUUUACAUUUCAAAUGUUAUUCCCCUUCCUGGUUUCCUGUCCUUCAGCCCCCUCACCACUCCCCCUCCCCUUCUAUAGGGGUGUUUUCCUCCCCAUCCACCACCAUUACUGCCCCUCCAAAAUUCUUCUACACUGGAGGUCCAACCAUAGCAGGACCAAGGGCUUCUCCUUUCAUUGGUGCCCAGCAAGGCCAUCCUCUGCUAUAUAUUCUCUUGGAGCCAUGGGUCAGUCAGUAUAUAGUCUUUGGGUAGUGGUUUAGUCCCUGGAAGCUCUGGUUGGUUGGCAUUGUUGUUAUGGGUUUGCAAGCUCCUUCAGCUCUUUCAGUCCUUUCUCUAAAUUUUCCAAUGGGGUUCCUAUCCUCAGUUCAAUCGUUUGCUAUUAGCAUUCGCCUCUGUAUUUGACAUGCUCUGGCUGUGUCUCUCAGGAGAGAUCUAUAACUGGUUCCUUUCAGCAUGCACUUCUAAGCUUCAUCAAUCUUAUCUAGUUUUGGUGGCUGUAUAUAUAUGGGCCACAUGUGGGUCAGGCUCUGAAAGGCCGUUCCUUCCAUCUUGGCUCUAAACUUUGCCUCCUUAUCUCCUCCUAUGGAUAUUUUUGUUCCCCUUUUUAAGAAGGGGUGAAGCAUCUGAAUUUUGAUCAUCCUCCUUGAGUUUCAUAUGGCCCGUGCAUUGCAUCUUGGGUAAUUUGAGCAUCUGGGCUAAUAUCCACUUAUCAGUGAGUGCAUACCAUGUGUGUUUUCUGUGAUUGGGUUACCUCACUCAGGAUGAUAUUUUCUAGUUCCAUCUAUUUGCCUAUGAAUUUCAUGAAGUCACUGUUUUUGAUAGCUGAGUAAUAUUCCAUUGUGUAGAUGUACCACAUUUUCUGUAUCCAUUCCUCUGUUGAAGGGCAUCUGGGUUCUUUCCAGCUUCUGGCUAUUAUAAAUUAGGCUACUAUGAACAUAGUGGAGCACGUGUCUUUGUUAUAUGUUGGGGCAUCUUUUGGGUAUAUGCCCAGGAGACAUAUAGCUGGGUCCUCAGGUAGUGCAAUGUCCAAUUUUCUGGGGAACCUCCAGACUGAUUUCCAGAAUGGUGGUACCAGUUUGCAAUCCCACCAAGAAUGGAGGAGUGUUCCUCUUUCUCCACAUCCUCGUCAACAUCUGCUGUCUCCUGAGUUUUUAUCUUAGCCAUUCUGACUGGUGUGAGGUGGAAUCUCAGGGUUGUUUUGAUUUGCAUUUCCCUGAUGACUAAGGAUGCUGAACAUUUCUUUAGGAGCUUCUCAGCCAUUUGAUAUUGCUCAGCUGAGAAUUCUUUGUUUAGCUCUGUACCCCUUUUUAAAAUAGGGUUAUUUGGCUCUCUGGAGUCUAACUUCUUGAGGUCUUUUUAUAUUUUGGAUAUAAGCCCUCUAUCAGUUGUAGGAUUGGUAGAGAUCUUUUCCCAUUCUGUUGGCUGCCAUUUUGUCCUAAUUACAGUGUCCUUUGCCUUACAGAAGCUUUGCAGUUUUAUGAGGUCCCAUUUGUCGAUUCUUGAUCUUAGAGCAUAAGCCAUUGAUGUUCUGUUCAGGAAAUUUUCCACAGUGCCCAUGUGUUUGAGACUCUUCCCCACUUUUUCUUCUAUUAGUUUGAGUGUAUCUGGUUUGAUGUAGAGGUCCUUGAUCCACUUGGGCUUAAGCUGUAUACAGGGUGAUAAGAAUGGAUCGAUUUGCAUUCUUCUACAUGCUGACCUCCUGUUGAACCAGCACCAUUUGUUGAAAAUGUUAUCUUUUUAUCAUUGGAUGGUUUUGACUCCAUUGUCAAAGAUCAAGUGACCAUAGGUGUUUGGGUUCAUUUCUGGGUCUUUAAUUCUAUUCCACUGAUCUAUCUGCCUGUCUUUUUACUAAUACCAUACAGUUUUUAUCACUAUUGCUCUGUAAUACUGCUUAAGUUCAGGGAUAGUGAUUCCCCCAGAAGUCCUUUUAUUGUUGAGGAUAGUUUUAGCUAUCCUGGGUUUUUUGUUAUUCCAAAUGGAUUUGCAAAUUGUUCUAUCUAACUCUAUGAAGAAUUGAAUUGGAAGUUUGAUGUGGAUUGAGUUGAAUCUGUAGAUUGUUUUUGGUAAAAUGGCGAUUAUUACAAUAUUAAUCCUGCCAAUCCAUGAGCAUGGGAGGUCUUUCCAUCUUCUGAGAUUUUCAUCAAUUUCUUUCUUCAGAGACUUGAAGUUCUUAUACAGAUCUUUCACUUGCUUGAUGAGAGUCACAUCGAGGUAUUUUAUAUUAUUUGAGACUAUUAUGAAGAGUGUUGUUUCCCUAAUUUCUUUCUCAGCCUGUUUAUCUUUUGAGUAGAGGAAGGCUACUGAUUUGUUUGAGUUAAUUUUAUACCCAGCCACUUUGCCGAAGGUGUUUAUCAGGCUCAGUAGUUUUCUGGUGGAACUUUUGGGGUCACUUAAGUAUGCUAUCAUAUCAUCUGCAAAUAGUAAUAGUUUGAUGUCUUCCUUUCCAAUUUGUAUCCCUUUGUCCUCCUUUUGUCUGAUUGCUCUGGGACGACUUGGAGAACUAUAUUGAAUAAGUAGGGAGAGAGUGGGCAGCUUUGUCCAGUCCCUGAUUUUAGUGGAAUUGCUUCAAGUUUCUCUCCAUUUAGUUUAAUGUUAGCUACUGGUUUGCUGGAUAUUGCUUUUACUAUAUUUAGGUAUGGGCUUUGAAUUCCUGUUCUUUCCAGGACUUUUAUCAUCAAGGGUUGUUGAAUUGUGUCAAAUGCUUUCUCAGCAUCUAAUGAAAUGAUCAUGUGGUUUUUGUCUUUGAGUUUGUUUAUAUAAUGGAUUAUGUUGAUGGAUUUCCAUAUAUUGAACCAUCCCGGCAUACCUUGGAUGAAGCCUAAUUGAUCAUGAUGCAUGAUCGUUUUGAUGUGCUGUUGGAUUCGGUUUGUCAGAAUUUUAAUGAGUAUUUUUGCCUGGAUAUUCAUAAGGGAAAUUGGUCUGAAGUUCUCUUUCUUUGUUGGGUCUUUGUGUGAUUUAGGUGUCAGAGUAAUUGUGGCUUCAUAGAAGGAAUUUGGUAGUGCUCUGUCUGUUUCUAUUUUGUGGAAUAGUUUGCACAGUAUUGGUAUAAGGUCUUCUAUGAAGUUCUGAUAGAAUUCUCCACUAAAUUCAUCUGGUCCUGGGCUCUUUUUGGUUGGGAGAGUUUUAAUGACUGCUUCUAUUUCUUUAGGAGUUUUGGAGAUGUUUAAAUGUUUUAUCUGUUCCUGGUUUAACUUCGGUACCUGGUAUCUGUCUAGGAAAUUGUCCAUUUCCUCCAGAUUUUCCAGUUUUGUUGAAUAUAGGCUUUUGUAGUGCGAUCUGAUGAUUUUUUAAAUUUCCUCAGAUUCUGUUGUUAUACCUCCCUUUUCAUUUCUGAUUUUGUUAAUUUGGACACACUCUCUGUGCCCUCUGGUUAGUCUGGCUAAGGGUUUAUCUAUCUUGUUGGUUAUCUCAAAGAACCAGAUCUUGGUUCUGUUGAUUCUUUGUAUAGUUCUUUUUGUUUCUACUUGGUUGAUUUCAGCCCUGAGUUUGAUUAUUUUCUGCCUUCUAAUCCUCCUGGGUGCAUUUGCUUCCUUUUGUUCUAGAGCUUUUAGGUGUGCUGUCAAGCUGCUGAUAUAUGGUCUCUCCUGUUUCUUUGUGCAGGCGCUCAGAGCUAUGAGUUUUCUUCUUAGCACAACUUUCAUUGUGUCCUAUAAGUUUGGGUAUGUUGUGCCUUCAUUUUCAUUAAAUUCUAAGAAGUCCGUCCUUCCUUCCUUCCUUCCCUCCUUCCUUCCUUCCUUCCUUCCUUUCUUUCUUUCUUUCUUUCUUUCUUUCUUUCUUUCUUUCUUUCUUUCUUUACCAAGUUAUCAUUGAGUAGAGUGUUGUUCAAUUUUCAUGUAUAUGUGGACGUUCUUUCCUUAUUGUUGUUAUUGAAGACCAGUCUUUUUCUGUUGUGAUCUGAUAGGAUGCAUUUCUUUCUUCAUGUAUGUCUUGAGGCCUGUUUUAUGAACGACCAUAUGGUCAAUUUUAGAAAAGGUACCAUGAGGUGUUCAGAAGGUAUAUCCUUUUGUUUAAGGAUGAAAUGUUCUAUAAAUAUCUGUUAAGUCCAUUUGGUUCAUAACUUGUUAGUUAUUCUGUUUAAUUUCUGUUUACAUGAUCUGUCCAUUGAUGAGAGUGGAUGUUGAAAUCUCCUACUAUUAUUGUGUGAGGUGCAAUGUGUGCUUUGAGCUGUAGUAAGGUUUCUUUUAUGUAUGUAGGUGCCCCUUUAUUUGGAGCAUAGAUCUUUAGGAUUGAGAGUUUAUCUUGGUGAAUUUUCCUUUGAUGACUAUAAAGUGUCCUUCCUUGUCUUUUUUUAUGACUUUUGGUUGAAAGUUGAUUUUAUUCAAUAUUAGAAUGGCUACUCCAGCUUGCUUCUUUGGACCAUUUGAUUGGAAAGUGGUUUUCCACCGUUUUGUUCUGAGGUAGUGUCUGUAUUUGUCUCAGAGGUGUGUUUCCUGUAUGUAGCAAAAUGCUGAGUCCUCUUUAUGUAUCCAGUGUGUUAAUCUAUGUCUUUUUCACAAGUCCACACAUUCCUAAGACAUGUGAGGGGAGUCCUUAAGUGUGAGGUCUUCGAAGCAACAAACAAACUAAAACCCCACCUACUAAAGUAUUUAUAAUGUACACAGGCAGUAUAUAAUCCCAGUCUAGGAGAGAGUAAUGGGGGCAUUGAAAGGAAAACUAGGAAAAAAUAACUAAAAAAUGUAAGACUGAAAUAUACAACAAACAUCCAUGUAGCUUCAUAUCCAGCAUCUGGGACUCUUGAAGGAGUCAUCAAUGCUCCAACAUCCUUUGGGAGCCUUGUCCCAUCUGCUGCAACUUUGGUGGGGGGGAGUUACUCCCACUUUGUGUCUGAAGGAUUUCAUGGUAGAUACCUUAUUCUCCUGGCAUUUCCCAUUAUUCUGGGUUCUCCUUGUCCACUAAGCAUUCAAAUUCUUAGCCCUAUGCAGCACCUGUCAAGGCUGGUCUGAGGUACCUUACCUAGCUUAAGUGGCUUUCUGGUCAUCUAGUUCAAGCAUUCAAGUCUCCCAGUGCUCUCCUAUCUUUCAUGCUUGCAAAAGCAGUGGUGUAUGACAUUGUUGACAGGUUCUGCUGCCUCCAUUGGCCUCUGUGUGCCUUUAAAGUUGAUCAUGGGAAAAUGGUUCCCUAGGUGCCCAUUUUGUUGAAGGGAAUCACUUCAGCAGCAUUCUCAGUUCAGAUUUCCUUCUUUUAAAUAUAUAUCUAUACUAUUUAAGCUGAAGCUCUCAGUGGCUGGGGUCUUGCCUUCAAGGCACCUGCUCUACUGUCCCAAUCAGGAUAGGAGAUUUCUCUUUAAUGGGUUAAUCUUAGCACGACAGCUGUUUUCUCCUCAAUCUACCCACCCCCACCUUGAUUGUACCUUCAAACUCACAUUGCUUUCUGUGCAUACUAAAUAUUGUCAUGUCUUCCUGUUCUGCUCAGUGCCCUUUCACAGUAGACCUGGGCAAGAGUAGUGAGCAGUAACUAUAGCAGAGCCUGAAAAUAUCCCACGCUCAGGUUUCUGCUGCCAAUCAAAUCAGCCCAUGACUUGAGUCCAGUCUCAUUUAAGUUCUCAGGAGUUGAGCAUAAUGAAGCCAAUGGAUGUCGUGUGGUUGAGUUAUAGAGGACUCCUGUUCCUCUUAGAAAUUUUACUAAGCACAUCUUCAUUGUCCAUAUUUCCAUCAAGAUUGAGGUGCUCUGAAUUAUAGGUCAGAGAUUCACCAGUCUGACCAUGAAUAAGUUUUAGCCAAUAAGAAUUAAAGGCAUGAAUUUUUCUCAAUAUUCUUUAAUGAGAGUGUAACCUCUCCUGUAGUCCAGUAUCUACCAUAUGUCGUGGGAAAGAAAGUUCAUUAAAAUACAUGGGGAAGUGGACCUGUUUAGAAAUAGUCCUUUGGGGGUGACUCUAAUCACUGUUGUUCUCAGUCCAGUCCAGUAGCAAACACCACACAUGAAAUAGCAGCUGCAGCCCAGUCCUCUUGGCAGACACCACCCAGGAACCAGCAGCUUCAGUCUAGUGCAGUCUACUUGGUAGGCACCACACAUGAACCAGCAAGGGCAGUGCAGUCCAGAGGAGACCAAGAGACUCACCAACCAUUCCACAUCCACCGCAGAAGCAGCAAGAAGCAGCAGGAACCUCAUGAAUUCUUUCUUGAGUUUCUCUAUCAAGAUAGUCACCAUUAUUGAUGCCCAACAACACAAUGUAAGGCGAAACACUGAAUGCUUGUCAUCAGCAAGGAACAAAGAGGCAGAGCAAUGCGAAUCAAUGCUCUGAGGACACAUUCAUAUUUCUUCUAAACAUUACGUGUUCUUUCAGGUGUCUGCUAUAGCAAAUCAUGCUUCCUCUCGAGUCUGCUUCAAGAAGUCAUUCUUUCCCAUGUGUGCUUUAGCAAAAGAUCCUUCUACCUGUGUGCCCCAGCAAAGCAUUAUUUGAUAUAACCUUCUUUCCAAAGAAAUAGUAGUUUCCAUUUCUAAGAGGCUUUGUUAAACCCUGGCCAUCACCAUGGAUACUGGCCGUGUCCAUACUUAAACCUCAUGCACAGAGAAUGGUCAUAAGUUACAUUAGUCAGGGCCUUAUAAAGGCAAAACUCAGAAGCCUACCUACUUCCUCUCCUUUUGUAAUCAGAGUAAAGCACACAUUCUGGCAUACCUCCUGAUACAUGCUUCCUGACUACAUGUGAUCAAGCACAUCCUGUGUAAUGGGCAACUGACCUCAUUUACAGAAGACAAUACAUGUGGUUUGUUACCUUACAUGAACAAUAGCUGUAGAGAGAAUAUCUUUUGUGGAAACAGUUCCUGUCAGUAAAAUAGCUGUUGGCCUAUUAGCUUAUACUGGGAAUAGGAGGUAGAAAUUCUCGUAGGGAGAGAGGAAUUCUGGGAUAGAGUCAGGUGCAGGAAAAGAUUUCACCCUGGACUCAGAGUAUAUGGACAUAUGAAAAGGAGGAGUGGUAACCAACCAUGUGGCACACAUAGUACAGAAUAAAUGGAUGGUAUAAAUUACCAGCUGCUCAUGAAAUGAGCAAAAGCUAAUGGUGUAAGCAUUCAUAUAUUAUUAUGUCUCAGAGCCGUUAUUUUGGGAACUGAGCCAUGGGUGGUAGAGCCUGUGGUUGCAAACGGCCCAUAGGAUUCCAGGAAGUUAUCUCUCCUUGAGUAAGUAGGACUUACAGGCUACAGGCGUUUUUGUUUUAUAGAUUACUUAGGAAAUUUAAACCUAAAACAUAACAUUAGCCCCCAUAGUCAGAAUGUUCGACUCAGAUCUGCUUAUAGUAAUAUAUGGAUUUUCUUACACAUUUCUUGAGGGAACCAGCCCCAAGUUCCUCCUUACCACAUAGUCAGGUUAUCACAGCAAUGACCUCCUACCUCAUACAAACCUCUUGCCUCAGUUACCUAUCUCUUCUCAGUGAGAAAAUAGCUGGAAAAGUAAGUCAAGAAAGGAAGGGAUUCCUUUGACUCACAGUUGAAGGGUCCAGUCUACCAUGUUGGGAAAGUUGUGGUGGCAGGGGCAUGAGACAGCUGCUCCCAUGAUAUCAUAAGGAGGCAAAGAGACUGGUGGGUGGUAAUUCAGGUAAUUUUCUUAUUUUUGCUUAUCCAGGGAACACAGUUCUGGGAUGAAAUUGCCAUGUCCAGAGCGUGUCUUUGCUCUCAUUUCAGACUUUUCUGAAAGUCUAUUAUAGACACUCCCAUUAUUUAGCUUCCAUGGAGAUUUUAGAUCCAGAAAGAUGACAGUGAUGGUUGACCAGAAUGAUACUUAUUAUAUGUAGCUCAGGGUUGCCUUGAUUCUUAUUCCUCUUGCAUCAACCUCUCAAUGAAUAUAGGUGUUCUUCUUGGUUUAUUUACAGUUUAACAGGUUUAUUUUUAGAAACCGGCAUCGGUGGUUAUGAGGUUGGCAAGACCAAAGCCCUAGGCUCAGCUGUAGGCCUUCAGGUGGAUGCUAAAGCUGUGUUUUCAGAUCAGACUUCCUUCCUGAUUCUUAGAGCCAGUGUUUGCUCUCUGCUCCUUCCAAUAUUCACAAUAAUCUGAAGAGGUCGCCAGUUUUUUUCUGGUAUUGACCCCUAUCACAGUGUGAGUUUCUGUGUGUGCAAAAGGAAUUUGGUUGGGACACGGUACCCGCACUCAGGAUGUUAAUCAGAGCAAGGAAGGAAGCAAGAGUAUACUCAUAGAACAAGAGCAUGUGAAGCCCAGCAGUAAUGGCCUCAGCCCUGUGUGGGUUGGUCUUCAUACUUCUCUGAUUCCUGUAGUGGCCUUUCUUGGGCCUCCUCCCCUGUGAAUUGUUUUGGAAAAUGGUGUGCAUUUCUCAGCUUCCCAUAUUUCCCAAAGGUCCUUAAAGUUGAAAAUAGUUAUGUUAAAAUGCUAGAAUUUCAUAUAUGUGUAAAUGAUAAUUACUGAGGCUAUGGGAUUUCUGAAACAAAAAAAUGCCUAUAAUCUGUAAGCCCCUUGCCCAAGCAUAGAUACUUCCUGAAAUACUGGAGUCUAUUGUUUAUGGGAACUAACAAGCCACAUGUUUUCACUUCUCUAAACAAGUUUGCCCAAGUUGGGCAAAGCCCCAACCACUAGGAUGUGCUUUGUCGGAGGCAGAAGAUGUGUAUAUGAGAAAUACAUCAUGAUAUAUGCUUGCCACUGAUUGACCCUAAUAGGAAAUGUGGAGAAUUGCCUUUUAAGCCCCUGCAAACUGCAACUCAUGGCCAUUUUCUGGAAAUCAAGAGAUGGACCUAGUGUGAGACUUUCCGUGGCUUUCUAAAGCUCUGGCCGGGUUAUUACUUUGAGGUAAGGGUCAGUAGAUAUCUUGGCACCGAGAGGAAGGUUCUACUUUUGCCCAUUGCCAUUCCUGUUCUCCUAAGGGAUGGGGUAUUUCUGAUUUCUUUUGACAAGUGGAACCACCAUCACUGUCUGUUGACACCUGCCUUCCACUUUGACAACCUGGUGCUUUGAGUGAAGAUUUUAACCAGAGUGUGAACAUCAUACACAUGAGUUCCUCAAAUCCUGGGUUCCAUGUAGAGCUUUACUGAAAAAAUGAAUGGCUUCAGAUGCAGGUUGUCUGAAGGUGCGGUUCUAUAGGUGCCUUGUGGAUAUCAGUUUUCCUUUCCAAGCCUUAAUAUUGCCUUCUUUAAAAUGAGAAUGAUCAUCUGUAUUUUAAAACUGAUCAGGAUAAUACCAUGUAGUCGUGCUCCUAGAAUGUAAAUGGGGCUUAUAGCACAGCAGUAUGUUCUCCCUUUUGUAGAAGUUCUGGAAAGGCAACAUGUUAACACUGAGUAUUGCACAGCAGGUCUUACUACUUAGUUUACCAGUCUUGAUUCACUGCCCUUCAGCUGAGCAUGGUGACAGGCUGUUGUAUUUUCAGCUCUGGGGAGACUGAGGCAGAAGAAUUGUGAGUUCAAGGUCAGUCAGGUUUUAGGUAGAGUUCAUUUCUAGCCUAAUAUGCACAAGGCCAUGGUUUCUAUCAUCAGUAUUGAGAAAAGAAAUAGCUGUGCUAGUCUCCGUAUGCCAGCCACACCUUCUUCAUCUCUUACCAUCUUGAGGGAAUCAUUGUUUUUUCCAGAAUAGAGAUACUGUUUCCAAGACAAGAAACAGAACGCUUAGUGUCUCUGCAAGCCACAUUUCUUCACCAGCAGCAACGGGUCAUUUCCACACGACUCUUCAGGCAAGAACAAGUUCUCAGUUCAGUUCAGACUGAGGAAAAUGGGCUCCACUUUCCAGUACACUGCCUGUCGAAAUUUCAUUUCAAAGGCUGAGGAAGGAGGAAUUAUGAAUACUUAGGCCCAUUUCUGUAGCUGCUUACCACUGUGCUAAUGAUUGUGGCAAGUACUGAUAACCCUUAUUGAGUGCCUACUGCAUGCUAGUUCUGUGAACUAUAUGGUCUGUUGCAAUUACUGUAUUGAUCUGAGAAAAAGGUGGCAAUGACAGUGCAUUAUAGAUGAUGAAUCUUAGUGUCAUAGAAGUUAGGGUGCCCAUCCACGUUCACCAACCAUAAGAGAGUAUGAGUGGUGGAGCAGCCACUGAAGUAUGGCUUAAAGGGCACUAAAUAAGCUUAAUUAGGUUGUUGGAGGAUAAGGGCACACAGAAGGUGGAGUUAGCAGAGAGCUCCUGACCCCUAACCUUGCAUGUUCAUUUGCUAGUCUCAUUUUUGUUCCCAUCCAGUCUGUUGUUCUCUGGGGUCAGAGCAAGUGAGGUAGAAGAACAGGAGGCUGAUUCUAGCUGGAAGGAAACAUUUGUCUUGAAUUUCAGUUUGGGUAGGGGUUCAAGGAUCCAAGGCACAAGCCCAUCCUUGGUCUCUUUUCUAAAGGCCAAGUGGAAGUGUCUGUUCUCAGAGGGUAGUGCCUGUCUGGAAAUAUUUGAGAAUCUCACAACCCUGGACAGUCUGCAGAAAUGCCUCUUUAGUCUUGACAGCAACUGUCAGGAGUGAGUUCCUGUCUUGAGCCAUGGACCAAGAAAGAUGGUUGGGGGAAUGGCUGGAGAUGGGAGCAGAAAGGACUCCCUGAAGGAGCUGCUUGAAAAAGGCCUUUGCAGAACAAGAGGAAGGGAGUGAGGGAGUGAGGGAGUGAGGGAGAGAUCCUUCUGGACAAUUACAGUUGUAUGUGUAGAGCCAAGAAGGUGCCAACAAACAUGUAGGAAAGCCAAUCAAGGAAUACCUUGUAAACAACGUUGGAGGAUGUAUUAGAUUUGUGUGUGUGUGUGUGUGUGUGUGUGUGUGUGUGUGUGUGUGUGUGACAAAAUAUGUAAGCUAAAUACAUAGAAAGGACAGACACAUUUUGUCCUAUGGUUUCAAUCCAUCAUGAUGGGGAAUGACAGGGCAAAGUAGCUACCACCAUGAUAGCUAAGAGGCACAAAGAGAAUUUGUUCCUGUUAGAUCCUGGGAGCCUCUGGCUUUCCUGGCCUCUGGGACAUUCUAGUGUCUACCUCUAGUUCCCCAUUCCCCUCUGCUACAUAUUUAUAUUCGAUUUUCUUACCAUCUGUACUUUUUUCCUGUCUCUUCCAAUACUUUAUCCUGCCUGCCCUGUUUAUUCUCUUCCCCUCCUCUCUUCCUCUCAGGUCCCUCUCUCCCUCUACUAUAGGGCUAGCCAGAGCAUGAAAAGGAGAUCAAAUGGAUACAAAUUGGGAAGGAGGAAUCAAGAUAUCACUAUUGUCAGAUGAUAUGAUAGUAUAUAUAAGACCCAAAAAAGUUCUACCAGAGAACUCUUACAGCUGAUAAACAACAUCAGCUGAGUGACCGGAUAUAAAAUUAACUCCAAUAAAUCAGUAGCCUUUUUUUACUCAAAGGAUAAUUGGGCUGAGAAAAAAUUAAAGAAAUGACACCCUUUGCAAUAGUGACAAGUAAUGUAAAAUAUUUGGUGUGACUUUAUAUGGGCAAAUGAAAGAUCUGUAUGACAAAACCUUCAAGUCUCUGAAGAAAGAAAUUGAAGAAGACCUCAGAAUAUUGAAGGAUCUUCCAUGCUCUUAGAUCGGCAGGAUUAAUCUAAUAAAAAAAUGACCAUCUUACCAAAAGCAAUCUACAGAUUCAAUGUAAUUACCAUCAAAAUCCCAACUCAAUUCAUCACAGAGAUAAACCAAUUUUCUAAUUCGUCUGAUAGGACAAAAACCUAGGAUAGCAAAAACUAUUUUCACCAAUGAAAGAACUUCUGGGAGAAUCACCAUCCCUGACUUCAAGCUGUACUACGGAGCAAUAGUGAUAAAAACCUCAUAGGAAUAGUACAGAGACAGGCAGGUAUAUGAAUGGAAUAGAAUUGAAGACCCUGAAAUAAACCCACACAACUAUGGUCACUUGAUCUUUGACGAAGAAGCCAAAACAACCCAGUGGUAAAAAAGACAGUAAUUUUUCAACAAAUGGUGCUGGUUCAACUGGCGGUCAGCAUGUAGAACAAUGCAAAUUGACCCAUUCUUAUUUCAUUUUACAAAGCUGAAGUCCAAGUGGAUCAAAGACCUCCCCUUAAAACCAGAUAUACUGACUCUAAUAGAAGACAAAAUGGGGAAGAGCCUUGAACACAUAGGCACAGGGGGAAAUUUCCAGAAUAGAACACCAUUGGCUUAUGUUCUAAAACCAACAAUCUACAAAUGGGAUUUCAUGAUAUUGCAAAAUAUGUGUAAGGCAAAGGACACUGUCAUUAGGAUAAGACAGCAACCAACAGAUUGGGAAAAAAUCUGCCAAUUCUACAUCCCAUAGAGGACUAAUAUCCAAAGAACUCAAGAAGUUAGACUCCAGAGAAUCAAAUAACCCCAUUAAAAAUGGGGUACAGAACUAAACAAAGAAUUCUCAACUGAGGAAUAUUGAAUGACCGAGAAGCAUCUAAAGAAAUAUUCAACAUCCUUAGUCAUCAGGGAAAUGCAAAUCAAAACAACUCUGAGAUUCCACCUCAUACCAGUCAAAAUGGCUAAGAUAAAAAACAUAGGUGAUGCUCUUACCCCUCUUGCUCUUUGUUCUUUGCUGCUCUUGCCCCCUUCCCCAUCCUCAGCCCCCUCAGUCAUCCCCUGCCCCCUCCACGUGCCCAUGGCCCACUGCCUUUCUGCUCUUCUAUUCGCUCAUUAAACUUCUCCACGUGGGAAAAAAAACAUAGGUGACAGCAGAUGCUGGCAAGGAUGUGGAAAAAGAGGAACAAUCGUCCAAUGUUGGUGGGAUUGCAAGUUGGUAUAAUCAUUCUGGAAAUUAGUCUAGUGGUUCCUCAGAAAAUUGGACAUAGUACUACCUGAGGAUCCAGCUAUACUAAUCCUAGAUAUAUAUCCAAAAGAUGCUCCAACAUGUAACAAGGACACAUGCUCCACUAUGUUCAUAGCAGCCUUGUUCAUAAUAGCCAGAAGCCGGAAACAUCCCAGAUGUCCCUAAACAGAUGAAUGGAUAUAGAAAAUGUGGUACAUUUACACAGUGGAGUACUAUUCAGCUCUUAAAACCAAGGACUUCAUGAAAUUCUCGGACAAAUUAGUGGAACUAGAAAAUAUCCUCCUGAGUGAGGUAACUCGGUCAUAAAUGAACACACAUGGUAUGCACUCACUGAUAAGUGGAUAUUAGCCCCAAAGCUCGGAAUACCCAAGAUGCAAUUCACAGACCAUAUGAAGCUCAAGAAGAAGGAAGACCAAAAUGUGGAUGCUUCAUUCCUUCUUAGAAGGAUGAACAAAAUGCUUAUAGGAGUAAAUACAGAGACAAACUGUGAAGCAGAGAGUGAAAGAAAGGUUAUCUAGAGACUGCCCCACCUGGGGAUCCGUCCCAUAUACAGUCACCAAACCCAGACAAUAUGGCUGAUUCCAAGAAGUGCUCGCUGACAGGAACCAGAUAUGGGUGUCCCCUGAGAGGCUCUGCCAGAGCUUUACAGAUAUUGAUGAGGAUGCUUGCAGCUACCAUCUGACUGAGAACAAGGUUCCCAAUGGAGAAAUUUGAGAAAGGAUAAAGGGGUAGGGCAAAGAAAAAAAAGAGAGAAAGAAUUUAAGGAACUGAGGGUUUGCAACCCCAUAGGAAGUACAAUACCAACCAACCAGAUAUAUAUCCCUGGCACUAACCCAAAGAGUACAUAUGGAGGAACCCUUGGCUCCAGACACAUAUGUAGCAGAGGAUGGUAUUGUUUGUCAUCAAUGGGGGAGAAGCCCUCAGUCCUCUGAAGUCUCCUUUCUACAGUGUAGGGGAAUGCCAUGUUGUUGAUUUGGGUGUGGGUGGAUGGAAGUGGGAGCAUCUUCAUAGAAGCAAGGGGAGCAGGGAGGAGGGCUGGGAGAGGAGGGGAAAGUGAAUAACAUUUGGAAGGUGAAUACAUAAGAUAUCCAAUAAAAUAUAUACAAAUAUAAAAAGUAAAAAAUUGAAGAAGACCUCAGAAUAUGGAAAGACCUUCCAUGCUCAUGGAUUGGCAGGAUUAAUCCAGGAAAAAAAAUGCCAUCUUAUCAAAAGCAAUCUACAGUUUCAAUGCAAUUACUGUCAAAAUUCCAACAUAAUUCUUCAUGGAGAUAGAUCAAUUCUCUACUUUGUCCGCAAUAACAAAAAACCAAGGAUAGCAAAAACUAUUCUCACCAAUGAAAGAACUUCUGGGAGAAUCACCAUCCCUGAUCAAGCUGUAGUACAGAGAAAUAGUUUUUAAAACCACAUGGUAUUGGUACAGAGACAGGCAGAGAGAUUAAUGGAAUAGAAUUGAAGACCUUGAAAUAAAUCCACACACUUAUAGUCACUUGAUCUUUGACAAAAAGCCAAACUGUCAAGUGGAAAAAAAAAGACAGCAUUUUCAAUAAAUGGUGCUGGUUCAACUGGUGGUCAGUAUGUAGAAGAAUGUAAUUUGAUCCAUUUUUAUCACCAUGUACAAAGCUCAAGGCCUAGCAUCAAGGACCUCCAGAAAAAAAAAAAAAACAGAUACACUCAAACUUAUAGAAGAAAAAGUGGAGAAGAGCCUCAAACACAUGGGCCAUGGGCAAAAUUUCCUCAAAAGAAUACCAAUGGCUUAUGAUCUAAGAUCAAGAAUGGACAAAUGGGAUCUCAUAAAAAUUGCAAAGCUUCUGUAAGGCAAAGGGCACUGUCAUUAGGAGAAAAACAGUAAUCAACAGAUUGGGAAAAGAUCUUAAGCACUCCUACACCCAUAGAGGGCUAAUAUCCAAUAUAUACAAAGAACUGAUGAAGUUAGACUUCAGAGAACCCCCAGUGAAUGGGAUUGUUGGGGGGAGGGCAGUAAUGGGGCAGGAUGCAGAGGGAACACCUACAUAGAAGGGGAGGGGGAGGGGUUAGAGGGAUGUUGGCCUGGAAACCGGGAAAAGGAAUAACAUUUGAAAUAUAAAUAAGAAAUACCCAAUUUAAUAAGGAUGGAAAAAAUGGUGUACAGAGCUAAACAAAGAAUUCACAGCUGAACCUCACUGAUCCCGGCCUACAGCUCCCUCCUCCCAAGCCCCGUGGGAGAGAAAGCUCACCGCCCGGACAGGUGGUCAUUCCUGAGACUGCAGAGCGGAAGAGACCACCAAUACUGCCCACCCCUGCCCACAUCCCUGGCCCAAGCUGAAACUGUAUAUGGCCUCUGAGAACUGGAAGAUAGGGGCACUCAAGCAGCAGGUCCCCUGCAGCCCAGACACCGCCUGGAUCUGAAGGGACCCGGUGAACAGCUCCCUGUACCAAAAUCCCUUGGGAGGGAGAGCUAAACCUUCAGAGGGGCAGACAAGCCUGGGAAGCAAGAAGGGAUUGCCCACAUUUCUGACUCCAGAGGAAAACACCUAAUGCCAUCUGGGACACCGGGGAAAAGGCAGCCCUUCUGGCUGCCGCCCUCACAGAGAGCUCAAACGCAGCCCCCCAGGAGUGACUUCAGCCCCAGGACCAGAGUUAAAACCAACUUUUCUGCUCCAAGUGACCUGCCUGGUGGACUCAGAAUACACUCCCACAGGAACAGCUGAAGACCAGCAGACAGGAAAGACUACAUGCCUGAAAGCAGAACACUCCGUUCCCAUAACUGGCUGAAAGAAAACAGGAAAACAGGUCUACAGCACUCCUAACACACAGGCCUAUAGGACGGUCUAGCCACUGUCAGAAAUAGCAGAACAAGGUAACACUAGACACAACCUGAUGGCGAGAGGCAAGCGUAGGUACCCAAGCAACAGAAACCAAGACUACAUGGCAUCAUCGGAGCCCAAUUCUCCCACCAAAGCAAACACUGAAUAUCCAAACACACCAGAAAAGCAAGAUCUUGAUUUUAAAUCACAUUUGCUCAUGAUGAUGGAAGACUUCAAGAAAGACAUAAAGAACUCCUUUAGAGAAAAUCAGGAAAACAUAAAUAAACAAGUAGAAGCCUAUGGAGAGGAAUGACAAAAAUUCUUGAAAGAAAUACAAGGAAACACAAUCACACAGGUGAAGAAAUUAAAAAUGGAAAUAGAAGCAAUAAAAAAGGACAAAGGGAGACAACCCUGGAUAUAGAAAACCAAAGGAAAAGACAAGGAGCCAUAAAUACAAGCAUCACCAACAGAAUACAAGAGAUAGAAGAGAGAAUCUCAGGAGCAGGAGAUUCCAUAGAAAUCAUUGACACAGUGGUCAAAGAUAAUGUAAAACGGAAAAAGCUACUGGUCCAAAACACACAGGAAAUCCAGGACUCAAUGAGAAGAUCAAACCUAAGGAUAAUAGGUAUAAAAGAGAGUGAGGACUCCCAGCUCAAAGGACCAGUAAAUAUCUUCAACAAAAUCAUAGAAGAAAACUUCCCUAACCUAAAGAAAGAGAUGCCCAUAAACAUACAAGAAGCCUACAGAAUUCCAAAUAGAUUGGACCAGAAAAGAAAUUCCUCCCA